AUGGGGAUUGGGUUACAGGGUUUGCAAGAGCCUUGGGUAGCACUUUCGGCUGAACUAUGGGCGCUCAAGGAUGGACUCCUCUUAGCACAACAGUGGGGAAUUUCAUCUCAUAGUGUUGAACUAGAUGCAGAAAUUAUAAUUGGCAUGAUUAUCAAUUCUUACAAUAACCAAGAAGAACUAGCAGAGGUAGACUUCAAAAUGGCUCAGAUCAUACACGAACAGGGAAUUCUUCAACUUUUCAAAUGGGAAUUCGCAGCUACUAAGCAAUUACUUGAUUACUACUUGAAGAUAUGUUUCAUUGCUCUUAGGUGGGCAAGAUUGUGUAAUGCCUUCCUCUUAGAAGCACAAUGGUUUGCUUCUGGGAACUUGUCAAAGGCAGAGGAGUACCUGAAGAAUGCUCUUGUUAGUACAGGGUUGCAUGUGGUGCCAGUUCACAUGUUCUUUCUCUUGGGUCAGGGUAUUGUUAAGGAGACUGUCAAUCUUUUGGACAAUAGUCCAAGCAUACAGAAACAACUGUUGGGCUAUGGGAUGACAUUGGAAGUGCCCAGGAUCAAAAUAGACUUGAUGGAUCCUACAUUGAGUGCUACAGGAAAGAACAUCAAGGCUUCAGUUGAAGAUGCACAAAGGAAUGUUAUCAAAAUGAUUUCAAACACAUGGAAGCAACUCAACAAGGAUUGCUUUACCCCUUAUCUGUUUCCAGCAUCUUUUAUAAAAGCUUCUCUUAACACUGCAAGGAUGGUUCCUAUGAUAUACAGUUAUGAUAACAACCCCUUUCCAAAUUCCAAAUCGUGA